ACGUCGACCGCGUUAACGACAAGAUAACGGUUAAUCUUAUUGUUUAUUGACGCUCGUAAUAUUAAACACUUGUAGUUUAACAAUAAUGGUUUCUUUUAACCCGGUACCUGUGAUGUGUCUUUUGAUGGCAUCGUUCUCCAUUCACGUAUAUGGACAAUCAGCGGGAAUAUCAUGCCCAUCGUGCAUGCACGUUUCCUACAAAAUAUCCAACACGCCGUCGAUGUUCAGAAUAAUAAUGGAGCGGCUCAGGUCCGGCAUGACAAUUGCUGACCAGGCAUGCGCAGACAACAUGGUCAAACCGGACGUGUGUCCUAAACCAGAUAACACGUGUCAACGCAUUCUUAUAAAUGCAGUUGCAAAAGGCCUGAAGAACGUAUUUCCGAAUGCAACACUUGAGUCGACGGUGACAGUGCGGGGCUGCGCUACGGUGGGAUUCUUAAAUCAGAAUCCCGGAUCCUGUGUAGACCUGUCCACACUUCCGGAAAAAGACAAGAACAGCCUGAUAGCAUCCGUACAAAAACUGUAUGCGCAGUGGAGGGAGGUGACAUACCAAGGUCAAAUUUGCAACGGACUGUUGACAAAUAAGCAACUUGGCUUUCAUGUAAAUUUGGUUAAGUCUCAAAACGACUGAUAUUAAUAUCACAUUUUAUACAUUGUCCCGAUGUGUUGCAACAAUGUGAAGCUAAAAUAGAAUUGCUAAAUCUACAACGGAAAUUAAUGGAUAAACGUUCCAUGUUAAUCAAUAUGCUCUGCAUUUUAUGAAUGCCACGUAUUCACCUCUUUCAUGUACGUUUGAAUAGUUUUUACAUACAUUUUAUUCUAGUAAUUUGGGAAGGUUUAAAGAGUUGGCAUUCAGUGAUUCUGAUUGUAAAUGUAUGUA